GGAUGUGUAACGGAUCGGUGGAACUCAUCCCGUGCUCCCAGGUCGGACACAUAUUUAGGACUGUCAACCCCAUCAGGUGGCCGAAAGGGGCGUCAUCAUGCGGAACUCCAUACGUGUAGCGGAGGUGUGGCUUGACGACUUCAAGGACGUGUUCUACGACUUCUCAUUUCAUAAAAGUGAGUUCGGCGACGUGAGCGCCAGGAAGCGUCUGCGGGAGUCCCUGCACUGCCACGACUUCCGGUGGUACAUGGACAACGUCAUGGACGGCCAGCUGCCGCCCACAGUUGUGGCGCGGGGAGAGAUCCGGAACACACAAACGCCGCUGUGUCUUGACAGCAUGGCGGCUAAGAGGGUGCCAGAGUUGUUCGGCUGCCACGGGGAUGGCGGGAAUCAGUGGUGGGUGAUGACGGACACUGGUCAGAUUAUGCAGGACACCAUGACGCUGUGCUACGAGGGUGGACGACUGCGAUUCAACCGCUGUACACCAAGGUCUCCCUACUGGAUCCUGAAUUAUAAAUCUCAGACAAUUCAGCACGCAGCUAGUGGUCUCUGUAUUGAGCUGACGCCUCCCACCACAGUCACCCUUGAGAGAUGUAAUGGCGGACAAAACCAACGCUGGGUGCUGCCGAAGAAGAAGUCUUGACAACAAUCUGCAGUGACACAAUCAUCAGAACAAGCCAUAGCCCUGUCUUAACAAUCCUUGAGUGAAUCUAACUAUGAUAUAAUUAUGUGUUUAUUAACCACUAUCACAUUAUCGUGCUGACACGUGUUCGCAAACACGUGGGCGUAACUGGGCCGACCGGUACACAUCACAAACACAUGCAGAGGCAAGUGAUCUCUUCAUCUGGAGUAACACCGACACAUAUGAUAUGUGUAAAAAUAGGGGAUUGCAUCACACAUCACAUUCCAAGUGUAAAUAGUUUCCACACGUUUAUCAUAAAGAUAUGAGCUUUGCCGAGGCUUGUUAAUACCAUGAGAAAAAAACUUCUGUGCAAGGAUCGCAGGCGUCUGAGUACCCGGGAUUUCAGAUGACGACCACUGGAUGGAACAUUGCGUUAGUGAUUUUUAAUCAAAUUCAGUGACAGCUGUCAAAACGUUUCACAUCAAUAAGCCAUGGUAUUAAUGGCAUCGCAGGCCACACACAAAAGCUUAGUGGACACUUAGUGGACACUUAUUGGUGGUGAUAGGUUUAAGGUUUUUAAGAUGUUUUUGGUCAGGUGAUAAACCACGUUCAAUGUCUGGUCACAGCAACCAUUCAGUUAGUCUCGCGAUGUGUUAACUAGCUGUACAGUGUCUUACUUAAUCUUACAGAGUUAACUAACUGUACACCUUCUCACUUCGUCUCAUGUGUUAAGAGGUGGCUCUUAUCGAGUUCCCCACUUUUCAAAGUAUAUCACGGCGGGCGACAUCAGAGAAAGGGAACUAUAUAUGCGCGCGCUCGUGCGUGCGUGUGUGCGUGUGUGUGUACAUAAAUAUUUGUAUUACACUUCAAUAAUGUAAAUAAAAGGGGGAGAUUAUGUA